CUCCCCCUCUCCAUCUCCGGUGUGGGAGCGGCAAUGGCGGCGGCGGAGGACAGCCCGCGGUACGCGCUGCGCGCGACGCUGGCGGGGCACCGCCGCGAGGUGUCCGCCGUCAAGUUCUCCCUGGACGGCCGCCUCCUCGCGUCGGGGUCCGCCGACAAGCUACUCCGCGUCUGGAGCACAUCCGACCUCUCCCCCUUCACGGAGCUCGCAGGGCACGGGGAGGUGGUGUCCGACUCCGACCUCGCCUUCUCCCCCGACGACCGCCUCAUCGCCUCCGCCUCCGGCGACCGCACCGUCCGCAUCUGGGACCUCGGCGACGGCGGCGAGCCCCACCUCAUGAAGACGCUGAUCGAAUACACCAACUACGCCUUCUGCGUCGCCUUGAGCCCCCACGGGAACAUGCUCGCCUCGGGCUCCUUCGACGUGACGGAGCGCGUGUGGGAGGUCAGGUCGGGGAGGUGCCUUCGCGUGCUUCCGGGAUUCCGGCCUGUUAGGGCCCACUCUGAGGCCGUCACCGCCGUCCACUUCAACCACGACGGGUCCAUGAUUGUGUCCGGGAGCUACGACGGCCUCUGCCGCAUCAAGACUCUCAUCGACGACGAGAGCCCGCCGGUGUCCUUCGCCAAGUUCUCGCCCAACGGGAAGUUCGUGCUUGCGGCCACUCUUGAUAGCAAGCUGGUGAGUUGUUCAAAAACGUUCCCUCAACUUGCAGCACGUGUGAAAAAUGCAUGUGUUAUGUGA